AAGAUAGCCAUCAUCUAUGGUGUUAGGGUCACAGUGCUGGGAAGAGUUUUGAUAUAUCAUCAGAUUAAUAGUUUUUUAUGGCGCUAAGAAAGAGGAAAGAGGGGGAAAAUAGCAUGGUGGCAGAAUGGGAUGGUAGGAAAUUCAGCUUGAACAAAUGACCCCUUGCUCUCGUACCUUUCUCUAUUUGCCCCGCAAUUGUCUCCAUUACUCUUCAUCUGGUGAAUAAGCACUGCAGGACAGGAGGUGAUCCAGAUUCCAGUCCCAGAUUUUUGCUCCUGCCAAGCCGUUGGAACCAGCAGCAGUAAAUGCUCGUUUCGCCUGCCUCCCUCUUCCCUCCUCUCUCUGUUUCGCUGCGCUCCGCUCUGUUCUGCUGCAGUGGAUGGUCCUCACAGUGCGCUCGCAGCUCAUCUCAGCAGAGGAGAUCCGAGCAUCUCUGUCAUCUCACCAACCUUCCUUCUCACCCCCACCCCCCUGUAGCCAUCCUUCUUCUGCCGUUCAUCUGCCUGCCGUCGCAGGACUAACGUGACUGGAAAAGUCACAGGACAGAUGAGAGCGCUAAAGAAGUCCUCCCAUCCAACAUCUCGUGCGCGUAUGACAGGCUGAGCCCCUGCUGUCGUGGGAUGACAGAGAUCAAUGUACUCUUAGAUGCCUCCUGCUUUUAGACUGGAUGAGAAUCACAGUGCACACUGUGUGGUGAACCAGAAGACCAGCAGUAUUCAUGGUCGCCCUCGCAAUACUUCGAUGAGGACAGCUACACCCCUCCACCAAGGAACAUGAAGGGUCUCUCUGGUGGCCGCCCGCCCCAGCUCCAGCUCACAUCCCCCACCUCAGCUCACACCUGCGGCCUGGCUGAAUGUGACCAUCCCCUGGACCACCAUUUCCAUGGUGAUGCUCGCUCCCCCUCCUACCUGCUCAGCCCCACUGACAGCUACCCCCUCGAAAGUCUCCACCGCUGCUCCCCACGUAGCUCCAUCCACUCUGAGUGUAUGAUGAUGCCCAUGUCCCUAUCUGCCACAGACCACUCAAUCUCUAGUAGCACUUUCCCUCGUAUGCACUAUGGCAGUGGCUCCCGGGAUAGCGGCGGAAACACUUCCGGUGGAAGAGACUCCAGAGACGACGGCAGCUCCUCCCAGGGUGGCAGUGGCAAAAUGAACCGAAUCCCAGCCAACCUGUUGGACCAGUUUGAAAAGCAGAUGCCGCUGCACCGGGAUGGCUUUCACACACUGCAGUACCAACGUACAGCCACCACAACCACAACCACAGAGCAUCGCAACGAAAGCCCCGGACGAAUCCGACACUUGGUCCACUCUGUACAAAAACUUUUUACCAAGUCGCACUCCCUAGAGGGUUCUUCCAAGAUGAACGGUACCAAGAGCGACUCGCACAGGGACAGCUCACGCCACCACCAUCACCACCAUCAAGGCCACCACAAACACAGCAAACGCAGCAAAAGUAAAGAUCGCAAAUCGGAGGGGGGCGGCAAGCAUCGCUCUGGAGGAUGGUGGAGUUCAGAUGACAAUUUGGACAGUGACAGCACAUACAGAACGCCGAGCAUCAUGUCACAGCAUCCUGUGGACCACAUUACCCACUGUUACCCUGACUCAGUGCACAGCCACCUGGCAGGAGACCUUUCCCUCAAAACCUCAAAGAGUAACAACGACGUCAAGUGUUCGGUGUGCGAGAGCAUGAGCAUGGCGCCAGAGGGCAAAUUUAUGAAGAGGAGCUCCUGGUCGACACUUACUGUAAGCCAAGCCAAGGAAGCCUACAGGAAGUCUUCACUCAAUCUAGAAAAGCCCAUGAUUCCCUCUGAUCUCAAGCCCAACCUCCGGCCCUGUAGCUAUCUACAGGUGCCCCAGGAUGAGUGGGGGGGGUAUCCUGGAGGUGGCAAAGACGAUGAGAUACCAUGCCGUCGGAUGCGAAGCAGCAGCUAUGUUAAAGCCAUGGGGGACGAGGAGAGCGGAGAGUCGGACUCCAGUCCAAAGACAUCGCCUCAGAAGUCGGUACGGAAAGAUGCCCUGGUCAAGGCUAUCAUCAGGCCAAGGGAGUUGCUGGACUCCCACAGCUCUUACCGCCUGGAUAAAAUCAACAGUGACAUGCGUAACUACAUCACCAAUUUUGCUGCAGACUUAAGCCAGAACUACCACUUGCAGGCCACAAGAGAAAUACACCCAAGUUUUGCCCUGGAUCCAUCCACCAACUACAACUCACCGAAGUUUCGCUCGAGGAACCAGAGUUACAUGAGAGCUGUCAGCACGCUGAGUCAGGCUAGCUGCGUUAGCCAAGUGAGCCAGGUGAGUGAAACCGAAGUAAAUGGCCAGUUUGAGUCUGUUUGUGAGUCCGUGUUCAGUGAGGUGGAGUCCCAGGCCAUGGAGGCUUUGGACCUGCCCGGCUGCUUCAGAACCCGAAGCCACAGUUACCUACGAGCAAUUCAGGCUGGAUACUCCCAAGAUGAUGACUGCAUCCCCCCUAUGGCCUCUACUGUCACUUCCACCAUCAGGUCCACCACAGACAGAACGUAUGCACAGGACGAAACUUGUUUGCCCACCCAGGCCAGCAUACAUGAGGAUUUGGCAGAUACUACCCCUCUGACUCACGAUGAUCUGGGCUGCCCAGUCAGAAGAGACAGGCUUUACUACAAAAAAAACAUGGGAGCCCCAUCGGCCAAGCCGGUAUCUGGACCACCUGUAUCUCCAAGCCUCUUUAGAUCCCCAAGAUCUAGUGCUCCAGAACGGCCAUCGCCAAAAGCGAUUCAGGCUAGUAUUAAAGAAUCUGCCACUUUGGCUGCAGCUAUCAGCAUGCAGUGGAAAGAGGAAGUCUCUGCCAUGCGCCGAGAGCUAGCUGAGCUUCGUAGAGACCUCUGUAAAGAACUACGUGCUUUCAACAACAAUUUCAACAGCUUUACGCAGCACUACAACACGUGGUCUCCUCAAGGAGGCAAUGUGGCACCUGGAACUAGACCAUUUAAAGAUGUUGGAACUGCUUCAGCAGGACUGAAGGCUGACACAAAGCUCGAGUCGGAACAACACGGAGCCGCUACUGCAGACAGAAGCACCAGUAAAACAAAAGAAAAUAAACCCCAAGUCUCUAAAGUUUCUGUGGGAACUCAGGCCAGAAGCAAAGUUCUUAUCAGGCAAAGCACUGCCGAUGCAGCUGUUAACUGUCCUGAUGAGAAGGAGGACAAGAAGGGUAUUCGGCGAAGUCUUCCAAAACAGCUGUCAAUGGACCCAAGCAUUCUUGCCUGUCCGCAGUCUAUGUAUGUAGAGAGUGCCAUCCCACUCACUCUGGAUCCAGUACUUCCUGGGCCUCUCAGAGGAGUCCAACCAGACCAUAAUUGGGCAGCCGGGCCUUUUAAAGCUAAAGAAGCCCGAGAUCCAGAGUUGUCACACAAAGUAGUUGGAAGUUCAUCUCCCACCGACACUAAAGAUCCAGUAACCAUUCGAGAUGCUGCAACGCAUUCAUCCAAAACAGCCUUCGAAAACCAACAUGAUUCAUUUACUGCACCACCUCUAGUCCCUCCACAACUGACAGAUAUAGAUAUAGCAAAUAACUCUGAUUCACAUACGAAGCAAUCUCACACUGAUGACAAGACAUCACUAAACUCUGAACAAAUUGACAUCCCAAAGAUGCAGCUUUCAUUCCCAGUCCCAAUAGUGACUGUGUCCCCCCCAAAUGAGUCUGAAAAUGGGUCUGAAAUGACAUCUGAUCCAGAGAUACCAGAAAUCAGUGUUGUGGACAAGGGCCAAUCUGGCUCACAAACUCCUACUGCUGUCUACUUACCACAGUCAGGAUUAGAAAGUUCAGUCACUUCAGAUUCAGAAGAAACAGAACCAAAAAACUUGAACAAACCAUUAGUGUCUUCAUCCACGAAUAAAGGUGUUUUCUCAGUCUGUGACGCACCCUCCAUUCAUCUUGAUUCUGCUCUACCAAUUUUUUUACAGACAGAUAUUAAAUGUCCAUCUAUUGUGGUGUCAGAGUACUUUGAGGAAGACUCACCCUCCAGUCCAACCGACAGUGAGACAAACCCAGAACCUAUAGUCACUUUCCCUGAGUUUCCCUCUGAAUCUACUCUUGAACAAAUGUCCUCAGUCUCUGCCUUCUCUUUGGUGGCAACUCAGCCAAACACUGAAGAGUCGGAAUCUGAGUGGCCACCACUUCCAGAGCCACUAGAUACUACACCAAUAUACCAUGCAGAUCUAGUCCAUUUUGACUUGGUCAUGCUUACCUCCCUAGAUCAAGAUGACCUUGACUCUGUGUUUAUGGACCCUGAACCCGAGCCUUUAGACUCUUCAAUGAGUCCUGAGGACUUAUGUAUUCCAACAUAUCAAUCAGACUCUCCAAACUCCCCCCUGCCAACUGCAGACCCUAGCACAACCUGCUUUAUGGAACCUUCAGAAGACAUGAGCAGUUUGGAUUCACCUAUGGAGUUCCCCCUUGAUAACACUCCUCCUAAUGUAGCCUCAAAACAAAUGCAUGGAUUUGCCUUUCCACAAGUCACUGUCACCAUAUCGCCUCCGAGUUCAGUUUCUCCCGAUACAUCACUGGAGAUUGACAUAGAACCUGUGACUCCAGCAUCAGAUUCCUCACUACCCGAUCCUGAUUUGUUAUUACAAGAGGUUAAAGGCUCUGAUGAUUCCACAGCAGGAGGACCCCAGUGUCUGACUGGAUCCCAGGAGACUGUGAGUCAUUUAGAGGAAAUAGAAGAAAGGAUCCCAAUAAGUCCAGAACGAAUGUCAAGUGAGCAAGCCUUUCUGUGGUACAGAUGGCAGAGGAGGGGACGUAGGCCGGAAUCCUUGCACAGAAGUGCAAGCGUGGAACUUUGGAGUGGGAGAUAUGAGUACAAUAGUUCAGAAAUCACAUAUGUGUCUCUCAGCCUGUGAGCUCAUACCUCAGUCUCAGCAGACAAAAUGUAGCUCGACAUUCUACGCGUUCAAAGCUCAUGGUUUGUAGCUUCCAGUGCAACGUAGAGCGACGUGCAGACUGUAGUACUGUUUGCUGACGUCCAAGCAAGGAAUGUUUUCUGGGAAUUCUCAUGGUGUAUUGAGGAGUUCAAGAUACUGCAGGAAUGUAAUAAACUGUCUGUGGAGGAAACAUCCCCAAAAAUAUGUUCAAAGAACCAGACUGAAGCAGUACUCUUCCAAGACUUUUUAUCGUCAUCUUUAAAACAAAUGAGUAAUGAAUGUAGUUGGCGUGCCGUUUCUUCAAGAUAUAGCUUGUUUUUUAAAGAUCUCUCGUACAGACUACUGAAAAGAUCAUUUAAAACAUAAAAAAACCUUGACAAUCCCUAUAGAAAUGAGAAAACCGUCCACUCAUCUUUCAUUUGAACUUUUUGUACGUCGCCACUCAUUUGGAGUGAUCUGGACCCUAACAGUUACUAUUACAAUCAUCCUGCUACUUUUUGAGUUGUUGGGUUAACACUGCAGUUUGGAGGAAAAAGGAUGCUGUGAAAUGCUAUUUGCACAAUCUUAGAUGAAGAUGGGAUUCUGUACUGUAGAGUUCUGUGGAAAAUAUAAAAGGAAAACUCACGUUUUGGUUGUUUUAAAAUCUUUAAAAGCAAGCCGAUAUAAAUAUUUUUCUUUAUUUUCUUUUAUACCUGCACUUUAACUGAUUUCUAAUGAAGACUGGUUUACCUUUUUUUUUGGUUAAAAAUACGGUUUUGCACGUGGAUUUCCAAACUUUUGAUCAUUGCGAAAUACACAUUUUUCAUAAUUGAUGCUACCAAAUAUAAUUUAUCAGUAUGUAGCCUCUUUACACAUUAUUUACAUGCAUUUUGUUAUCUGAUCAACAUUGUUACUGGACUAUAUGUAGAAAUCACUUUAUUGUAACAUUUAAAAAAAAAACUAUUGUAUUACCCAUGUACCAAGUACAAUAUAAACUAACACAAAUGUUACUGGAAGAUAAUGUAUUUUUUACAGACAAAUUUCAUCUUAAUGCUCAGGAAUUAAAGAUUAAUAUUGUUUUACAGGGAAAAAGUAAAUACAAAUGUAUGUUAAACUGUGUUUCUUCUCAAAAAGAAGUGUUUGUCAAUGUAUUUUUUUAACAUGCCUGUCAAUGGAUGGAAGUGUAGUGAUGCAUGAAGCAUUGCAUUAACAUUUUGUACAUUUCAUACACUGUGCUUCUUGUAAGCAUCUGGUUCAGUUCAUUGUUUUAUUCUGUUAAUUAGCACAGUGAAAAGAGUGUAUGUUCUGUACACCACCCAAGCUGUAAACAUAUCGACAAUGGACAUAAAGGUGAAUCAAAAGAUGUGCUAUCUGUCCAGUUAAUGGGCUGUACAUGGAAUUGCCCGCUUAAGUUUGUGCUCAAAUAAAAAGCAACAGAAGAAAACGUGUAUUCAAGCAAAGCA